UUUUUUCUGACCAAUGAAUCCCACCUGGUCCUCAUCUCCGCUGAACUACAGAAUCAUUCUGCAGCCGGUUUCAGACCAGAGUCGACAUGGAGAGAAGAUUCGCUGUGACUUUCCUGCUUUUCCUGCCUCUUCUGAGCGUCGACUGCGUCUCCAACCAGAAAACUACAGUCUCCUGGUGUGUGCUAUCGGACGCCGAGGAGCAGAAGUGCCUGGAUUUAGCCGGCAAUGCCACGGCCAGGAAUGUGAGGGGAUCGCUGAUGUGUGUCCGCGGCCUGAGCACCAGAGACUGCAUGGAGAAAAUCAAGAACGGCACAGCCGAUGCAGCUUCGAUGUUUGCAGAUGAUAUCUACGCUGCAGGUCUCUGCCAUGGCCUGGAGCUUGCAGCAGGAGAGUCUCAUAAUGGAGUAGACGGAAUCAGCUAUUAUGUGGUGGCAAUGGCCCGGCGCUCCUCUUCAGAUCUGUCCUUGCUGGAGAUGCAUGAGCGCAGCUCCUGUCACCCCGGCGUCCGUACCACGGUGGGCUGGACGGUUCCCAUCGGCUACUUGGUUAACACAUCCCAAAUCAGCGUAGGAGAGCAGUGCAAUUUCCCCAAAGCGGUGGGGAACUUCUUUGGUUACAGUUGCGUGCCUGGCAUUAAGGAUCCUCUGCAUGAUCCCAGAGGCAACAACCCGAAGAACCUCUGUGAGGCAUGUAUAGGAGACGAGAACGACAGACACAUCUGUGCCAACAAUCACAGGGAGAGACAUUACGGAGAGGCAGGGGCCCUGAGGUGUGUUGCUGAGAACCUCGGUGAUGUUGCGUUUGUCAAACACACAACAGUCUUCGACAAUUCGGAUGGCAAGAAUCAGGAAUCCUGGGCCUUGGACUUGGAGCUGGAGGACCUCAAGCUGCUGUGUCCAGACGGGACAGAGGCAGGUCUGGAUGAGUAUCUGCGAUGCCACCUGUCAGCUGUCCCCGCCAACGGCGUUGUGGUGCGCAUGGAGGAUAAGUGCCGCGUCUGGAAAUACCUGGAGCGUUUACAGAAUGUGUUUGGCAACGCCACCGAGGGCUUCAGCCUGUUCAGCUCGGCAGGCUACGGCCAAUCCGAUCUGCUGUUCAGCGACGCUACCCACCACCUGCAGAGAGUUCUGGGUAGUUACACCUCUUGGCUGGGCCCCAGUUACACCACCAUACUGCAGGCCUUCGAGUGUGAGGGCUUCUGCUGAUGGAAGAGGGGGAAGAUACCCAGCGCAUCAACUUCCACCCCAUCCUGCUGUCUCCAUGCUAGCGUUCUGCCUUCCCGCCCUGCCAUCUGUGUCCCUCUGCUUUAACACCAUUUAAUUUUUUUUUCUAUUGCUUUGUGUUUUAUAUUUGUUUUGUUCCUGAAUUUCACCACCCAUUUCUCUCGUUUUAAUCAUUGUCCUUCACUAACUUGGUGUGUUGUCCAACAUAGCAGCUGUGAGGACAGCCAAAAACGGGCUAAUCAACUUUUAAAAACUCUGUCAAACAAGAUGUGGGGGAAAGGAGUAGAAAAUAUGAAGUAAAUUGGUAAAAAUACAUGAUAAUAAUGUAGAAUAUAAUAGUUAUGGUACCUGUGGUAAUUACAGAUGAUCUCUCUUAAUUUUUUUAAUCAAAGGUUCAAACAGUAACCAUUGAGUUUGACCCUCAGAAACCAAUUGAACACCACAAAAACAUCCUGCUAACUGUUUCACUCCUGUGUGUCUGUUGGGGAAUUGCAUCCUUCUUAGUCCACAGCUUCAGCACCGCCACCCUCUCACCUCCUUCUCACAGGGUCCGUCUCUGGCACUGAACAACUGGGUGCUAUUAACGUUGACAUUAGGAGUCUCAGUUACUGUAUCAGUGUGUGUGGGCGUGCACGCGCGCGGGUGUGUGCGUGUGUGUGUGCUUGGGAGAAGUAUGCAUGCUUUCCCACAGCCAUUACCGCCCUAAUUGGCAGUAUGGUGUAUUUUAUAUCGUGUGUGUGUGCGCGUGUGUGUUUAUGUGUAGCUGUUGGUAGGGUUGCUUCUCUCCCAUGGCUUGUGUAGCUCGCCGUUUUGGAUCAGUGCUUUCUCACGUCUGGCAUGGUGGGCCGCACCGUGCCAGCACACUGUGUAUUGUAACGCUAUGCAAUUUGGAGGAAGAACGUUGAGGCUUGAGUCGCCUCUAUUGCCCCCUUAGGGAUUCUUGACUGAAAUAAAUUUUUUCAUUACUUCGCAUCAUCAAGAUUUCCACACUUGUACUCUUCAAAAUGUGCCUGCUUGUUUUUCUUUUCUUGUUUUUUUGUCCACAACAAAAGUACAAUUCCUUUCAAACUUAUGAAGCCCUUCAAGCUUUUCCACAUUCUGAUAAAAGGGUGCCCACAAACUUCAAUGGAUUUUAUUGGGUUCUUAAGAGGAAAACCAAUACAAUCACUGCCUGUUUAUGAAGUGGAAGGAAAGUGAAACAGACAAAACAAAACAAAAAAGUCCCAGUGGGAUUUAGGGUUGGAAUGUAACUGGACUAUUUAGACACAUCAUUUCACUUUGAUUUAAACCAUCCUAUUGUAGCUCUGGGAGCAUAUUCAGGGUUAUUGUCCUGCUAAAAUGUCAACAUCUGUCAUUCUCAAGUCUUUCAGAGCUUUCAACAUGUUUUCAACAUGUUUCUUCACUCAUGGCGCCACCUUCAGAGGGUGGCACAAAUUCUUCAAACGAGAAAGUCGUCCAUAUUUGUUGAUUUCCUUUCCUCGUUGGCAUGACUAGUUGGUCGGUGGGGAGAGAUUGUGCCUCUCAAUCAGUUUUCCCACACACCCCCGCAUGCCCACACACACACAAACACUUAUGCAACAACCAGAAUGAUCACCUUUAGACUUUGACCAGCUUUCCUGUCGCAUCUCCAUGAAAUAACACCGCCACCACCAUGCUUCACAGGAGAGAUGACAUUUUAAGGUGCAAUGUUGGUUUCCCAACAUUUGUUUUUACAAGUUGAUGUAGGAAUCUGACAAGAAAACAACCUCAUUGCAGAACAACUGGAUUUAUUCUGAAAUGGGUAAAUUAUUAAUGAUUAGAUGAAUUGAAUUGUGCUGAGUAGAAGAGACAGAAAUUGGUGCCACACACUUUGAAUUUGCAUUAUCUCUGUCAUAUAAAAUAAAUUAAAGUUUGUCAUUGCAUUGUAAUAAAACAAGGAAAAGUUUAAGAGGUAUGAGUAAUUUGUAGCUGAAUGUUAGCGCUGAAGGAGCUACUUACACGUUUGUGCUUCAUGCUGGGUUUGCCACUCAAUAUUAGUAGGUUGAGGUCUUUUUGGUGAUCAUUUAUAAUUCUGGUUACAGGGUAAAGUCAGUCAAGUUUGGCAACUACAGAUAAAAUCACUUACCACUUUAUAGCUGCUUGAUCUUCUGGAUUGUCUUCUACAAAAGUCGGAACGGUCAAUAAA